AUGACCCUGCGGCGGCUGCGGCGGCUGCAGCCCAAGGAGGAGGAUGCGGCGGGGGCAGCUGCUCUGGAUCCGGGACCCGCGGGGGGCGGCCCCUUCCUGGCGCUGGGCGGCUGCCGGGCGGCCGAGAUGUAUCGGGCGCUGGUGGCCUCCGGGGGCACCUUGCCCCGGGCACGCAAGGGCUCUGGAUGCCGAUGGAAAUCUCUGAGCCAGUCCCCGGAGCAGCACCGGAAGAUGAUCACGCUGGAGAAGGAGGCAGAGGAGACAUUUGGGUUUGAGAUCCAGACCUAUGGACUCCACCACCAAGACAAGAAGAGUGUGGAAAUGUUCACCUUUGUCUGCCGUGUCCACGAGGGGAGCCCAGCCCAGUUAGCCAGGCUCACACCCGGAGACACCAUCACAGCAGUAAACGGGCUGAACGUGGAGGGCAUCCGACACCGCGAGAUCGUGGAAAUCAUCAAGGCCUCCGGGAACGUGCUCAGGCUGGAGACGCUGUAUGGGACAUCCAUCCGGAGAGCAGAGCUGGAGGCACGGCUGCAGUACCUAAAGCAAACCCUGUAUGAGAAGUGGGGGGAGUACCGCUCGCUGAUGGUCCAGGAGCAGAGGCUGGUGCAUGGGAUUGUGGUGAAAGACCCCAGUAUCUACGACACGCUGGAAUCUGUCCGCUCCUGCCUGUACAGCGCUGGGCUCGCGAGCGGCUCCCUCGCCUUCGGGAAGAUGCUCUCAGGCGCGGGCAGUACCUCCAGCUGCGUCAGCACCGCCACCGAAGAGAGCGAGGACUCUGUCUACCAGACCUGCUUCUUUGACUCGGCCGAUUCCCUGGACGGGCACUCAGGGCGGGACGGGGGCAGCGCCCCCCCGGUCCUCUCCCAGCGCCGGCCCACCCUGACCCGCAGUGCCAGCGUCAAAUGCACCAGCAGCAGCAAUGGGGCCGUGGGGCACUUCUGGGACAGGCCAGGUGACCAAAAGAACUGCACAAUCACGCCCCACAAGAGCAAACACACCAGCUUCCGGAAACGGCUCCUCAGGUUCAUCCCGGGACUGAACCGCUCUCUGGAAGAGGAGGAGAGCCACCUGUAGGGGGUGCUGGCUGCAGGGGUGGAGCACAGGGGACACGGGGGGCCAUGGAGCAGCCAAGUUUUACGCAGUUUGGUUUAUUUAUAUAUUUAUUAUCUCGGUUGGUGCCAAUGCCCUGGCAGAGCGUGGUGCUGGGGUCUGGGUUUCAGAGCUGGGGAGCGCCUCUGCUGUGAAGGGCACAGGGGAUUUUUGCUCCCCCCACAGAAGGAUAAACAUGUAAAGGAAUGGGUGGGGGCAGCAGCAGCAGGAGCUGGAUCUAGCCCCAGCGGCAGCCUGGGUGCCUGCUUGUGGGAACUGCUGGAGGAGGGAACUGGGCCUGUCUGCACAGUUAGGGGGCAUUUUCAGGUGUCCUGGGGGAAUGGGCCAUGGGGGGCCCUUUGCUUCCAGACCUCAUGUGACCAAACCCCUCCAAUAGCUCUGGGGGUAGAUGAGCUGAUGAGUCAGAGCUUGUCUGGGGCAGCAUCAAGUGGGCUCUGCCCUCAGGCUAGUACCAUC